GCGCUCUCUUCAGUCUCGCGCGAACUGGUGCGACGGGUGGUUCAACACAAGAGCUGCUAGACAGUCUCUAGGUGCUGAAGACAUAGAAGACGUCAAGUACGAGUACGAAUCUCAAGAAGACUAAGUUUUAUUCAGCGAAAUAUAAAACGGAUAUAUUUAUAUUUAUAGACUGAUUAAACUUUCCGAAAAAGUGUUCGUACAAAUGUGACAUUGUCUCAAGGUGAUAAACUCUUCAACUUGUUCGGUACCAGUGUUUUUUGUGAUUUAAAAAUUUCGCUGAUGUGCCGAUGUCCAGUCUGAUGCAUUCGCGAGCUGUGGGUUUAACGCGGCGCGGCGCGCCUUUGAUGAGUGCGAUACGCCGCCGUCGGCGGGUUUGAUUAAAGAACUUGGCGCUCCGAACUCGCCCAAGAGUGGUGCAUAGUGCCCAGAGCCCAUUGCCCAGCGACUUCUGCCCGACGACACAAAAGACUCAAUAACUCGACGGACACGCCGGAUGAAAAACUUUACGACUUUUUAAAGCGAAAGAUACCAACUCGCUCUGCGGCGCGCAGGACGAUAAAAGAUACGCGAAGAGAUACAACGCGAAUCAUUAACGCAAACUGAUGUACCAAAGUGUACAACGCUAAUAAGCAACGCAAAGUUUUUGUUUCAUUAAAACCAUCCACAUAAAAACUUAAGUGAAUUAGUUAUUAAAUUAAAUUAUGCAUAAAAUAGUGUGAUUUGGAUAUAUUUAUUUAAAAAUAUUAACCAUCAAAAUGACUUCGGGUAAUGAUACAACAAGUACGAAAUUUCGUCGGAAACCAACUUACCUAAUCUUGAAGCGUGCGUUCGCCAUUUUGAUUGUUUCCGGUUUGGCCGAAGCGGCGCGACGAUCGACUCCGAAUGGAUCAUGGCUGCGAUUGGGGAUGAUAGUUAAAGACCUCAACUCGGAAGCACCGCCAACAUGCAAGAAUCUGCCGGGGCUGAGUGCUGGUCAAAGCAAUUUGUGUAAAUUGUAUAGUGAUCACAUGCUUCCGGUUUCGAUGGGCGCGCGACAGGCGUUAACAGAGUGUAAACAUCAGUUUGCGCAUCGGAGAUGGAAUUGUUCUCUUUUGGAUGGGGAGAAUGUCCUAGGACCAACUAUAAAUUACGCAAGUCGUGAGAGUGCCUUUGCUCAUGCAUUAUCUGGCGGGGUGACUCAUUCGGUGGCACGCGCUUGCAGGGAUGGUCAGUUGCAGUCCUGCGGGUGCAGCAGGAAAGGACGACCGGCAAAUCUACGGGAGGAGUGGGUUUGGGGAGGAUGUGGAGAUAAUCUCGAAUAUGGAUACAAGUUUACGCAAGGAUUCGUCGACGUUCGUGAACGCGAACGUAAAUUUCGACGAGGCAGCAAGGAUCAAGGCAGAUCAUUGAUGAAUCUGCAUAAUAAUGAAGCUGGAAGACGGGCAGUCAUUAAGAAGUCGCGAGUUACCUGCAAGUGUCACGGCGUUUCAGGCUCCUGCUCUUUGAUCACCUGUUGGCAACAGCUGCCGACCUUCAGGGAAGUUGGUGAUUAUAUUCGUGAAAAAUACGACGGCGCAACUGAAGUUCGUGUGAACAAACGAGGCAGGCUUCAAUUGGAUGAUCCACGUUAUCGAGUACCCACAGCUAACGAUUUGGUUUAUCUUGAAGAGUCGCCUAAUUAUUGUGUGGCUGAUGCAACAAUAGGGUCACAUGGGACUACAGGAAGAGCGUGUAACCGUACUUCACAGGAUAUGGACGGAUGUAAUCUGCUUUGUUGCGGAAGAGGAUACAAUACUCUUAAAACUACGAUUAAAGAAAGAUGUCACUGUAAAUUCAAGUGGUGUUGCGAGGUGCAGUGCAAGACGUGUCUCAAGACGGUUGAAAUUCAUACUUGCAAAUAAUUCAAAGCACCAAGUGUCAAAAAAUGAUUUUUUUCUGAACUUUUAAGUUUUUUUCUAAAUUUCGACGUCCAAUCAUAAGUUAAUACAUAAUAACUUAUAUAAAUAAUUUAUAUUCUUGUUUUCUAAGAAACUUUGUACUUUAAUGUACUCUUAAGCUGUAUAAGCAUGAAUUUUAGAACUAAGGCUGGUUGUACUUUUGAUUUUGAUAUGAAAGUGUACAAUAACAACUUAAACUCAAACUGUAAACUAGAAAUGAAGUAAAUUUACUUAAAUUUAGCUUUAAAAUUUAGUUUUAGCAUAAAAUAUCUCUAAAAAUCUCUGAUAUAAAGUAUUAUUUAUGUUUAGUUAAUUUUAAGUUGUUGUUUUAGUGGAUUAUUUAUUUGAUUUUUAUAUUAUACCCAUAUUGAUAUUGAUAAUAUCCGAUAUUUGUAAAUAUUUUAUACAACACUUUAUAAAAUCGUUUCGAAAGUUUCGUACGUAGAUUCUAUAAGUGUAAUUAUAAUAAAACCACAUAUUAUGUAUGUACCUUAGUCUUAAAUAAGUUAUUAAAGGAUUUAUCAAGAAGAUUUUUGGUGAAACAAACAAAAUAAAAACAUGUAGAGGCUGUUUGUAAUAAAAAUGAUAACUGCAAAAA